GCCUACCGAGCCAAAAUGAUCUUCAUCAUGAUGAACGUCGUCUUCCUGGCCAUCGUCGCUGCACUGAUGGUGCACUACUUCAUGAAACAACGUCGCCCGAUGGCUCCAAUUAUCUACCUGGAAGGAAACAUCGCAGCCGGAAAAUCGACUCUUGCAGCCAACCUCAAGCGAUUGGAACUUUUCCCAGUAUUGGACGAACCUGUCAAAGACUGGCAAAACGUAGAAGGGCACAAUUUACUGGAACUCCUCUACACCGACCGAGCUACUUGCAGCUACCCCUUCCAAGUACUCGCGUUAGCCACGCUUGGCCGCCGCCAAACCAAAUUGCUGGCCAGUCACCCGGAAGGACUAACAGUCCUGGAACGCUCACCCCAGUGCUCACUGAGAGUGUUUGCCCAAGGCCUCGCCGAGAUGAGCGCCAUCGGUCAAGAACACAUGGCCAUUCUACGGAUUCUGCGCGACGCCGUCGCCCAGCCCACUCAACAACCAAUACACUACAUCUACGUACGCACACCCCCGGCCAUAGCGUACCAACGAUUGAACCGCAGAGGCCGCACAGAGGAAGCAGGUGUCACUGUCGAGUUCCUCACUCUGCUACACGAUCUGACUGACACCUGGCUACUGCAAGAGGAAACUAACCCAGUUCACGUCCUGGAUGGAACGCUCACCCCUGAGCAACUGCUGGCAGCCGCUCUGGACAUUAUCCAGAACCUGAGAAACGAUGUCACGCCAGCCCAGGAGUCCCAACCCGUACGCGAGGAGUAG